AUGGUCUUUGGCUUCGGCACCAGCACGCCUGCGCAAGCAAGCAGCACUGCGAGCCCGUUUGGUGGCUUCAGCGGCUUCAGCGGUUUCGGCCAAAGCAGCGGCAGCACAACUGCGGGGCCUGUCACCUUUGGCUUCGGAAGCCAGGCUGUAAGUUUUGGAGCUCCUGCAGUCUCCUCCGCGGUGGAGACCAAAGUGCUGGCGGAAUUGCCAGACUUCACAACAGACAGGAUACCCACAGGAGAUGUCUUUGUCCACGGCAGUGGUGAGUGCGAUCAGCUUGGCUUGGGAGAUGCUGUCCGUGAACGGCAAAAGCCGACGCUCGUCAAAUCCUUGACGGGGCUCAGCAUCUGUGAAAUCGCCGUGGGUGCCAUGCACGUGCUGUGCUUGACUACGGGGGGAGCCAUCUACAGUUGGGGCUGCAAUGAUGACGGGGCCCUAGGCCGAGCUUCAUCCGAUGGUUCAGAUGGCGGGCCGUCAGAUGUCGAGCCUCAUGUAGUGAUGAUGCCCCAAGGAGUCGUAGUUCGUCACGUGUCCUGUGGAGAUGGUCACAGCUGUGCUUUGGACGACAGCCGCCGUGUGUGGCUCUGGGGAACCUACAAGGAUUCCAACGGCUACAUCGGCAUCGUGCGCAAGCGCAAGCAAGAAGCAGAAGUCUUGGAGAAGAGCGCAGAACCCACUUUGGUUCUUGAGAGCUGUCUUCAAGUAGCAAGUGGUGCCAACCAUACUGUAGCGCUGGUGGAUGCGGGCAAUAGCAAGAAAGUCUUUGCCUGGGGCUCCAACGCAACCGGACAGCUUGGAUUGCAAGAGGGCUGCGGCUUCUCUGAGCGCCUGCUGCCAUGCUCUGGAAGCAUUGCGAACCUCGCGCCGCGCGAAGGCGGUGGUUGUGAAAUUGCCGGGGAACAGGUUGUUCGCUUACAUCUUGCUGAUGGCUCUGUGCGCAGUGCGGCUUCCAUGACUGUUGAGCAGGUCCAGCAAACUGUGGCGCAAGGUGCGAAAGAGUUGGUGCUGCAGCUUCCGGAUAGGGAGGUCCCCAAGACUGAGAAGAAGAAACUGCUGCAUCCACAAGACAUGCCACUGGCAGCCGCUGCAACUGGUGAGUCCGAGGUCAUCGCAUCAGGUGUGCACGCGAGUGCCGAAUGCAGCUUUGUGACGUUCCAGGGCGGUUCAGUGCGUGGCUGUGGCUUGAACGGAGAUGGGCAGGUCGGAGUUGGCUUCGUGAGUAUGGCUGUGCCUCAGUUACAAGCAGUGCCUGCAGUGGCAGGAGCCUCUUGGUUGGGUGGUGGCCUCUACAACACGGCUGCUCUGGUGGAUGGACGUGUCUUCACUUGGGGCAAGGCAGAGGAAUGCGGACUUGGUCUCGGGGCCAAGGACCCUCCGGUUCUGCAGCCUCGAGAAGUAUUAGGUCUUCCAAAAGUUCGUGCUCUUCGCAGUGGCGGUCAUCACACACUGGCUAGCACGGCUGAUGGUGACCUCUUCAUGUGGGGCUGUGGCUUGACCCACCAGUUGGCAAACCGGCCCAGAGAUGUGUCCAACCCUAUUGAUACUAAUGAGGAGCCCGCAGACGAACUGAAGCCGUACAGAGUGUCGUCAAAGCAGCUGCAGAAGCGGUUCGUCAUGCUGGCAGAUGGGGGCGCUCAGCACAGCGUGGAGCUUGCUUGGGAUGGCGCAUACAGCGCUCCCAGCCAAGACGGGGUGUCCCAGGAUGAAGCUAUCACCCCAGAGCUGGUGUCCGAGGUCCUGCGCUAUUUCUCCGGGCGAAUGCUGGAGGAGCCUCCCGUGGCAGGGACCCCGUGA